CCCCUCUCUCUCUCUCAGCCUCUCUCUCUCUCUCUCUUUCUCUCUCUCUCUUCCUCGCUCCCUCUCUUUCUCUCCUCCCUCUGCCUUCCCCGUGCAUAAAGUCUCCGUCGCUCUUGGAACUUGUUGGCAAUGCCUAUUUUUCAGCUUUCCCCCGCGUUCUCUAAACUAACUAUUUAAAGGUCUGCGGUCGCAAAUGGUUUGACUAAACGUAGGAUGGGACUUAAGUUGAACGGCAGAUAUAUUUCACUGAUCCUCGCGGUGCAAAUAGCGUACCUGGUGCAGGCCGUGAGAGCAGCGGGCAAGUGCGAUGCGGUCUUUAAGGGCUUUUCGGACUGUUUGCUCAAGCUGGGCGACAGCAUGGCCAACUACCCGCAGGGCCUGGACGACAAGACGAACAUCAAGACCGUGUGCACAUACUGGGAGGAUUUCCACAGCUGCACGGUCACAGCCCUUACGGAUUGCCAGGAAGGGGCGAAAGAUAUGUGGGAUAAACUGAGAAAAGAAUCCAAAAACCUCAACAUCCAAGGCAGCUUAUUCGAACUCUGCGGCAGCGGCAACGGGGCGGCGGGGUCCCUGCUCCCGGCGCUCCCCGUGCUCCUGAUGUCUCUCUCCGCUGCUUUAGCGACUUGGCUUUCCUUCUGAGCGCGGGGCCGGCUCCCCCCGCGCGCCCACCCGCAUUCACUCCAUGCUCCCGGAAAUCGAGAGGAAGAUCCAUUCGUUCUUUGGGGACGUUGUGAUUCUCUGUGAUGCUGAAAACACUCAUAUAGGAUUGUGGGAAAUCCUGAUUCUCCUUUUGAUUUCGUUUGAUUUCUUGUGUUUUAUUUGCCAAAUGUUACCAAUCAGUGAGCAAGCAAGCACAGCCCAAAUCGGACCUCAGCUUUAGUCCGUCUUCACACAAAAAUAAGAAAACGGCAAACCCACCCCAUUUUUUGUUAAUUUUUAAUUUUUAUUUUUUGGCACAAGAAUCUCAGGAAAGGCCCUGGGCCACCUACUAUAUUAAUCAUGUUAAUACAUGACAAAUGAUGGGCUCCUCCUAAUAGGAAAGAGAGGAGAGGAGAAGGCCAGGGGAAUGAAUUCAAGAGAGAUGUCCACGAGGAAAGCAUAUGGUGAAUAAUUCACGCUCACGUCUUUCUUCCACAGUAUCUUGUUUUGAUCAUUUCCACUGCACAUUUCUCCUCGAGGAAAGUGAAAGGACAGAUUGUUGGCUUUGUGGUUUAAGGAUAGGAGGGAGAGAGGGAAGGGAUUGAGGAAAUCUCGGGUGUCUAGGUAAAGGCUUCCAGAAGAAUCGCUGCUAAAGUCACUGAGAGGUUAAGCUUUACCUGCUGUUGUCGAUGCAUCUUUCCAAGUCCACUGCCUUUAUUUUCCCUCUUGUUUUAGCUGUUACACAUACAGUAAUACCUGAAUAUCCAACGGUAUAGAUCACAAGGGGGGGGGUGUUAAAUGUUAAUCUAAAAUAUAGUUAAAAAAAGAUUUUGACAUAAAAGAGCCUUGAUUUUAAAAAAAAAGAGAGAGAUGUAAUUUAAAAAGUUUAUUAUAAAUUAAAUUCAGCAAAAAAAGAUUUGCUACAAAGUAUAGAGAAGUAUAAAAUAAAAGUUAUUGUUUGAAA